AUGGACCCGAAAAAUGGAAGUUCUUUCACUGGCUUUAUCCUGCUGGGUUUCUCUGACCGGCCUCAGCUGGAGCGAGUCCUCUUUGUGGUUCUUCUCAUCUUCUAUCUUCUCACCCUGCUGGGAAACACAACCAUCAUUGCAUUGUCCCGCCUAGACCCACACCUGCAGACUCCCAUGUACUUUUUCCUGUCCAACCUAAGCUUUCUGGACCUGUGUUACACGACCAGCACUGUUCCUCAGCUGCUGGUUCAUCUCAGGGGAGCAGACAAGUCUAUCUCCUUUGCUGCUUGUGUAGCUCAGCUCUUCGUCUCUCUAUGGUUAGGAUCCACAGAAUGCAUUCUGUUGGGGGUGAUGGCAAUUGACCGCUAUGCAGCCAUAUGCAGACCCCUGCACUACACAGUGAUCAUGCACCCCCGUCUCUGUGCCCUGAUGGCUUCUGCAUCAUGGUUCAUUGGUUUUGCCAACUCCUCAUUGCAGACGGUGCUCACCUUCCUUGUACCACUUUGUGGGAGAAAUAAAAUAGACCAUUUCCUUUGUGAGGUUCCCCCACUGCUCAAGCUUGCCUGUGUUGACACCACUGUGAAUGAGUCUGAGCUCUUCUUUGUCGGUGUGAUCAUUCUUCUCAUACCUGUGGCAUUAAUCACGUUCUCCUAUGGUCGAAUCGUCAGGGCAGUGUUAAGAAUAAAGUCAGCCGCAGGACAGAGGAAAGUGUUUGGGACAUGUGGGUCCCACCUCACGGUGGUCUCCCUGUUCUAUGGCACGGCCAUCUAUGCUUACCUCCAGCCCAGCAACAACUACUCCCAGGAUCAGGGCAAGUUCAUUUCUCUCUUCUACACCAUCGUCACCCCCAUGGUCAACCCCUUCAUCUACACCCUGCGGAACAAGGAUGUGACAGGAGCAAUGAGGAAGGUAUUCUGUGGGGGCUAUGACUCCAGAUGACUGGGGGGCAAGACCCUCUGAUGGAAGAAUUUGAGUUCAGAGUCUUUAUGCUUUUGUGUCCUGCAUGUGUCAUCCAACAUUUUUUCUGACAACUCUCAAAGGGAUUUUCUUAUCUCCUUCCUUCGUGCAAGUGAAUGUUCAAACUCUGAGUUCAUGGAUUCAUUGCAGCCUCCAGAGAUUCUGAUUUAGAGCAUCUGCAUCAUAUUAUUAUUUCAAAAACCUCCACAAGAUUUUGUUAUUUCACUCCCUUUUGGGAGCACUAUUUCUUUCGUAAUUGCAAACAGACAUCUACACACUUAUGAUAAAACCACAGCCAAUCAGA